GUUUUGAAAACGGAGUGUUUGCUUGUUGUUGUGUCCUUCUACAAGUUUGCGGAUUUUCCAGAAUAUGCUAAUUUUAGGAAACCCCUAAAACAGCUCUGUGAGCAGCUGGUAACUGAUGGCUGAUGUUAAAAGCCAUUGUGUGGACCAAGUGGAGCUGUACUUGCAAAAAGAGAUAGUUUAGUUGAUAAAUUUAUAGGUCAUACUAAUCUUGCUUGAUGUAUAAUAGUAAAAUUUAUUCUUGGUUACUUGUAAUUGGGUACACAGUUGGGGGACUCGGGGGGAAUAUGUAUCCAUAUCUUCAAUCGUGUAACUUCCAAACUUUAGAUAAGCAGACAUGGCCAGGAAGCUAAACACAGGUUGAGGUGAACACGUGUUUCUUACUUUUUGGCGUGAAAAAAUUGUCAUCUGUAUUUAACAAAAUUGUAGUGGCAAUAACAUGGUAUUCAAGUAGGGCCAAGUGGCAUGUUUUUUAUUACUAGUUUUUACAUUAUCAUUAUUGAGCAAUCUAUUUCCCUAAUAAUUGGCUCCCUGCACACUGCCUGCCCCAAGGACAGCACGCUGUGAUGGCAUAAAUGUUGAAAAAUGAUCCAUUAAUUGGCUGUCAAAAGGUGCGUGUUUCAGGGGGUAUCAUUCUUGCACCAGAAGGAAUUAAUGGAAGCGUAUGUGGGACCCGGGAUUCCGUGGAAGGGGUUCUCGCAUUUAUCCAAACUGAUGAACGCCUAAAGGGACUUAGACGCGUUGAGUCACCUGUUAGUCCUGAGGAAGAAGCUAUUCAUCAUGGACAUGCAAGUAGUUCUCCUCUGGCUGCUGGGGAGGAUGCUCCCUUCCGAUGGGACCAUGUGAGGGUCAAGCUAAAGAAUGAGAUAGUUACACUUGGAAUGCCUUCUGUGUCACCUGUUGAAAGAGUUGGAAAGUACGUAAGUCCAAAGGAUUGGAAUGCAUUGAUUAGCGAUCCAAAUACUGUGGUGAUUGACGUACGCAAUGACUAUGAAACUAGAAUUGGGAAGUUCAAAGGGGCAGUUGAUCCUUGUACAACAGCAUUCAGAGAAUUUCCAUUUUGGGUGGAAGAACAGUCCAAGUUGGUUGAAUCAAAGGACCGGAUGGUGUCUGCAGGUUCAAUUGAAACCACAGAAAAGCAAGUUGAGGAAAAGGAAAAGAAAAUGCCACCCCGGGUGGCAAUGUAUUGUACUGGUGGGAUUCGGUGUGAGAAGGCUACGAGUUUUCUCAUAAGCAAGGGCAUUAAAGAGGUUUAUCAUCUACAAGGUGGAAUUUUGAAAUAUCUUGAGGAAGUGCCUAGAGAAGAGAGCCUUUGGGAAGGAGAAUGCUUUGUGUUUGAUAAGCGAGUGUCAGUUGAACAUGGGCUGGCCCAAGGAACUUAUAAACUUUGCUACGGAUGCAAACAACCAGUAAAUGAUGCUGACAUGGAAGCUCCAGAAUGGGAAUAUGGAGUUUCCUGUCCAUACUGUUAUUCAUCAAAAUCAGAAGAAGAGAAAGAGAGGGCAAGAGCUCGACAAAGGCAGUUUGAGGGAUGGGGUAUAAUUGGUGGUCCAGACAAAGGCCGCAAACCCUUAAAAAUAAUCAAAGCGAGAGGUGCUAAGGAGAUGCCAAGUUCAAUAUAGAUGUUUCAAAAUCAGUUUAAGAGAGGGAAUGGUCGCCUCUCCGUUUUGGCUAAUCACUGUGAAAGGACCAGUUCCUAAGCAGAGACUGUUUUCUUUGCCUCAUCCUUGCUUUAGUUUCAGAUAGUGGCAUGUUCUGGAGAUGUUACAGUUUGAUCGAAAACUAGGCUAAAUUGUCAGAAAAUUGAUCCCUAAAAAUGUGUAAUCCAAAUCCAUUUGGGUUGGAUCAUACCUCAACAAUCCUUUUAGAUUUUGGUCGCUCUUAAGAGUUCAGUUGCUGUUGAAGUGCAUCCCUCCAUUUAUGUGGAUGUCUAAUUUUGAGUGCUUUGCCAACAGUUACUAGCGCAAGAGGUAAGCCUUCACAUUCUUUUCCAACUAGGUUUGCUAUGUGCCCUUCACAACCAUGGUGUCAUUAGAAUUCCUUACAACAUUCUUGAAGAGUUUCGUAGCGUUAGAAAAUGGGAACUUUUCAAUGUUGAUUUCUAGUGACGCUAUGUUGUGAAGUAUGGUAAAGUAGUAGAAGAAUGUGUAGGCUUACCUUUUGCACUAGUAACUGUUUGUAAGCACUCAAAAAUAAAGUUCCACAUAAAAGGAGGGAUGCUCGUCAAGAGCAUAAUUUGGUAUAAAUAUUUGAGAUUACACUGCUUUCUAGCGGUCAAUAUUUUGCUAAAUCAGCCCAUUCUUGAUCAACAACUGGAUGCUAUUCUUUCAUGAAUUGAUAUUACAUAAGGAUCAUUGCUUAGUAUUGGAUUCGUACUUGUUGAAGUUUGUCGCAGUUACUUUGGGGAUAAAUGUUGCUAGAAAUGGUUUUUGCGGAUUGAUGGUGAAUCGUUGUUAUAUAUUAUAGAAUGAUGGAUUUUCAUUUUGGGGUAAAUGUUUCUGAAAAUGGAUUUGGUAGAUUUGUACUCGUUGAAGUUUGUCGCAAUUUUUUGGGGAUAAAGGCCCAACUCUCACUUGUAGCAACUGGAGUGUAUUAGAAGAGAGAAGAAAGAUUUUUCGUUCAUAAACAACUGUCCAUGUCUUGAUUCUUUUGUACACAAUUUUUUAGCUCUUUAGGUCUGUGAAACACUAAGCUUACAUUGUUUUCC